AUUAGUUAUUCCUUAACUUACAUAAGAAGAAAAUUAAGUAAGAAAAAGAAAGCAAUUGGCUGAUCCCAUUUGCUACACUCUGAGAAUGAUUCAACACACACCAAUCUAGAAAGCAGUUAAAAUCGGAAUUAAUUUGCAAUUGCAUUUGCAUUUGCAUUGUGGAGUGGAGAAUGUCGAGCGCGAAGGAAUUCAGCGUGCCCCCAGUGAUCUUCCCGUCGGGCCCCGUGCAGCGUCGCGCAACGGCGCCGUUUCAGCCGCGGCAAGGGCAAGGGCAAGGGCCGUCCCCGCUGCCGUUCAUGUCGUUCGAGGUGGGCGCCGCAACGACGUCGUCGUUCCCGCCCCCAGGGGCGAGCGCGUUGGAGGAGGAGCCCCCGCUGCUGGAGGAGCUGGGCAUCAACACGAAACAAAUCUGGCAGAAAACGACGUCGAUCCUGAACCCGGUGCGCGUGUGGAACCCGAACAACCUCCACGACGACGCGGACCUCUCGGGCCCCGUGCUGCUGCUGAUGUCGUUCGGGCUCUUCCAGCUCCUGGCGGGGAAGAUCCACUUCGGCAUCAUCCUCGGCUGGGUGACGGUCUCCGCGCUCUUCCUCUACGUGGUCUUCAACAUGCUCGCCGGCCGCAACGGCACGCUCGAUCUCUACCGCUGCGUCAGCCUCAUUGGCUACUGCAUGCUGCCCAUGGUCACGCUCUCCGCCCUCUCCCUCUUCCUCCCUCAGGGCGGCCUCGCCAUCGCCGCCGCCGCGCUGCUCGUCGUCGCCUGGUCCACCAGGGUCUGCACCAAGCUCCUCGGACAGGUCGCCCGCUGGGACGAACACCCCCGCCUUGUUGCCUACGUUUGCUUUCUCAUUUACUCCUUGUUCUCGCUUCUCGUAGUUUUUUGAGAUCCAAUCAUUAAUCAAUAACUUUUUUUUCUUCUUCUUUUGCAGUAAUUAA